AUGGCGACCAACCCCAACCGGAGCCCAAACAACAAUGCGAGUACAUUGCUGUUACCCGAGAUCGGGCCUGAUGGCCUUGCACGAGAGUCACCUGUCAUCGCUUACACCGAGAAGAUAAUUGAGGAAGAACAGCUUCAGUUGAGGAAGUACAUUGAAGAAAAUUAUUCAAAGAUUCGUGAUGUUGAGCGGGAAUUCGCAAACCUAACAAUGGAAAUGAAGCUUACUGCUGGACCAAAAAAAGCAGCACUUGAACACAUGCGGAAGAAAAUAGAAAUGUCAACAGAGAGAAUUCGUGUUGCUAAACUGAAAGAAGAACAAGCCAAAAAGGCCUGGGAAGCCGCAACAAAAGUCGUGCAGGAUGAGGAAGCAGAGAAACAGAAGCUCUGUGAAGAUUUGAAUAAACUGGUCCAAGAAAGUAGCAACACCCAGCUUUCUAGAUUGGAGGAAUUAAAACGCCGACUGGAGGCUCUGAACCCAAGCAGGAUGUCUACAUCCGUUUCUUCUGACGAGAAUCUGAGACAUAUGCCGGCUAGUAUAACUCAAUAUUCAUCCAUUGCUCAUACAUCAGAACUUUCCAGUGGAUCAAUAAAAUCCACUGUCAGCGUAGGACACACAGCCGUGAAUGACCAAAUCCCACUCGUUUCUAACGAUGGAGAGGGAAGAGGGAAGAAGAAAAGCUCUAUUCAAGGGAGAGUUAAAGGAAUAGGAGCAGUGCCUAAGGGUAGGGGUCCCGGUUGGACUGGGGCUGGUUUUGAUGUCGAUGGUCGAGGCUGA